AUGCAUGAAUGUAAUGAUAUUUUAUCCACUCAGGAUGUGUAUUGUAAAUGGCGGAGGGAAAGCUUAGAGGCGUGCUUAUAUGAGUUGCAAAAGAUGGAGAUAGAUGAGAAGCGUACGAGGUUGCCAUUAGAUUGGUCUGUUGAUAAGAUAUUGGUAAGAACAUUUAAGGCUUCUCUUAGGAUACUAUUUCCUAGUGAGCGACGACUCUGUGAUCGCGUCUUCUCUGGGUUCUCUGAUGUUGCUGAUUUCUGUUUCAGUGAGAUUUGUCGGGGAGAAGUGGUUAAAAUGCUGAAUUUUGCUGUUGAGUAUGCUAGCAAGGACCCUUGCGAUGUGGGCUUGUCCAACAUCGUUUUCAUGUUUGAGACAUCGUGUGAUCUGAUUCCUGAAUUGCAUUCAUUGUUUCCAGAGUCCGUGGUAAAGGAAGCAGUGACAGUCCGCGACAAAUUAGAAAAAACAUGCAGAGACAUUUUCAUGAAAAUGGAAGAUAAGAUUUUCUGCAACCCAUUUGUGCAGGUAAUAGUUCGGCCAGAUGCCACGCAUAAUCCAAUGACAUGUUGUGUCAUGGACUACUUGGAGUUGAUUGUGGAACAAUUCAGGAAGUUUGCUGGUAGAACAGGAAUAUCUUAUUCUGUUUCUGAUCUGAUUAAUCCAAUAAUGAAGCGAUUGGAGAGAGAACUGGCGGCAAGGUCCAAAAACUACAAGUACCCUGCCUUACGCCACCUUUUCAUUAUGAAUAAUUGGAGGUACAUAGAGGGAAGGGCAGCGAAAUUGGGACUGCAAGAUCUUGAUUUUUUCCAAAAUAGUGGGCCAAUAGUUCGACAAAAUCUCGUACUCUUUCAAAGAAACUCUUGGAAUAUGGUGUUAGAUUUAUUGAAGCUAGAGGAUGAUGAGUUAGUGGAUGCAGAAUCUAUCAAAGACAAGUUGAUAAAUGAGCACAUUGAGUUUAUAUGUAGUAAUCAAUCUACAUGGCUCGCCUCUGCAGAUCUCUUGAAUGAGCAAAAGUUAAUAAUACCAGUUGUUGAGCACGGUAAAAUUAACGAGGGUAACGAGUUUUUUUUUUUCACAAUUUGGAAAUAA